ACUAAACAAAAGUAAAGACGUCGAAGCAAAAUGGCGGCGCCGACGCCAGUUGAGAAUAUCUCGUACCCUAGUCCAAAAGUACAGCUACCAGAAGCAAAUUACUGUGUUGCUUUAAUGCAAUGCUUAAAUGACUUUAGAAAGCACAAUGUUUUAUGUGAAGUGACAAUCGUUGUUAACGGCAAACCGUUCUAUGCUCAUCGCAAUGUUCUUGCAGCAGCCAGCCCCUACUUCCGAGCCAUGUUUUCCAAUCAUUUUCGUGAACAGACAGACGCAAAGCCAGUUAUACUCGAGAACAUCACAGCAGAGGUAAUGGAAGAACUGCUUAACUUUAUUUACACAGGAACCAUUAAAAUUACGCCGUUCAACGUCAAAGACCUCGUCUCAGCUUCAAAUUAUUUGUUAAUGACAAGUCUAAAGGACGCUUGUGUGUCGUUCAUGAAAUCGAUGCUUAAUCCUUCCAACUGUUUGGGCAUUGAAUCGGCAGCCGACCAGUUUGAUUGUGAAACCCUUCGAGAAACAGCAAACAACUAUAUUUAUAACAACUUUUUUACUGUCUCCCAAACUGACGAGUUCAAAAUGCUCUCAGCAGAGAGAUUAGAGGAAUUUUUGGUCAGUGACGAUACUAAGGUUGAACGUGAAGAACACAUAUUUGAAGCGUUAAUUACUUGGGUUAAACACGACGAAAAGAACCGCAGUCCACUCUUUUCACGACUUGCAAAGCAUAUUCGUUUCCCUCAAAUGUCGCCCUACUAUCUUGCGGACUUCGUCGAGACGGAAGAGAUUGUGCUUGGAACUCCUGAAUGUACAGCUCUCCUACUAGAGGCAAAGAAUUACCAUAUGUUACCAGAUAGACGACACCUCAUCAAAGGCUCAAGAACAAAACCUAGAAAAUCCAUGGGAGUUAUGAAAGUUAUAUUUGCUGCUGGGGGGAUUCAGGGGGCGACCGUGAUGAAAAAUACCUUUUGUUUUGUACCCAAAACAAACAGAUGGUACCCCCUUGCCCCGAUGAAUGUAGCACGAUGCCGACAUGGGCUGGCUCUGUCUGGUGAUAUGGUAUAUGCUGUAGGGGGGCAAUCAAGGGAAGGUGCAGCACAGAGUUCACUUAGUACUGUAGAACGUUAUGAUCCACGAACCAAUACCUGGAAUACUGUUGCCUCCAUGAAUAUAAGACGGAGCUUAUUGAAUGUUGCUGUAUUGGAUGGUCGUUUGUAUGCUGUUGGGGGAUGUGAUGAAAACAACUUUCGUUUAAACAGUGUUGAGAGUUACAACCCGGUGACUGAUAACUGGCAGUAUGUAGCACCCAUGAGUACCUGCCGUAGUAGUCCCUGUGUCAUGGCAACAGGCAGGGCAUUAUAUGUUGUGGGUGGUGUAAAUUAUGUUGGAAUGUCGUUAAACUCUGGAGAGUGUUUUGAUCCAAUGACAAACACUUGGGUGUCAAUCAACCCCAUGCAGCAGAAAAGAGCCAGUGCUUGUGGGGCUGUAUGUAAUGGCAAGAUAUUUGUGAUUGGUGGAUGGGAUGGAGCAAAUCAUUUGAACUCAGGCGAGAUGUAUGAACCAGAUAUAGACCAAUGGUCAUCCAUUGCAAAAGCAAGCACAGCAAGAUGGGAUGCUGCUAUUGCUGUAGAGAGUGACAAAAUCUAUGUUGUGGGGGGAUGCGACAGGAAUUCACUUUGCACUCUGGAGACAGAAUGUUAUGAUCCAGACAAGAAGAAGUGGUGUAAAGUGGCACCCCUCCCUGUUGCUACACAUGGAAUCAAAUGCUCUACCAUUCAAGUUCCUAAUAAGUUAAUACCAGGAAUUUAGCAGGACUUGGAUCUAGUAAGGUUCUUGAGGUGACAAGAAUGUUCACUUGCUUGGUAUGUAUUUGUCUGACACAGAGGAUACUCCAACACAAUCAGAAUAUUAUGACAAAACCUCUAAUUAUUGGUUGAUAACUAAUAUAAUGGACAUAUUUACCUUUAUCAUGGUAACAUUCUGAAUAUAUGACUUGUUUUGGACGGUGUGAAAUUGUAGGAUGCCCAGACAUUAAUUAUUUAUCAGAGUGUAUUUAUAGAGUGUAUGAAUGUAUGUUUAGUGUGUUAUCUAUAACACUGAAAAUUACAAUUUCUUGUGAAAAACAUAUUAAAAACAGUUUAAUUUAGUUCAAGCUUUAACUAUAAAAAAAUAAAGUACUAUUCUUAACAACUCUAGGUUAUGUUCAUGUUUAGGCAUCUUAUAUUUCAGGAUGGAUAAUUUUCAUCUAAGUAAUAAUUAAAAUAUAUAUUUCAAUACAAGUCUAAAUAUGUUAACACACGACAAAAUCAAGACUUCAAUUUCUAGUUUCUAUUAUAUUUUAUAUUGCUAGGUCAAGCUUUUGCACAAGAGCUGCACCAUGGAGACUUAAUACUAUUAUCAAAUCAAUUCCAUUUUCCUGUGCAUCUGUGCUCCUAAUAAUACACAGAAGAUGUCAAAAUGUAAUGAAAGUCGUUACUCAAAACUGUGCACAAUUUGUUAAAUUGUCAUCGUAAAUUUGGGUACUUGGUUUCUUUGGUUUAAAAGCUUGGCCUGACUGUAAAAUCAUUUGAAACAGAAAUACUAAAAAGUUUUUCAUUUAUUGACAAGUUUUACAGAAAGUUAAUAAUGUAUCAUCAGUGUAAACAGUCUUGCGUGUUGACUAUAGUCUCUUCUCAGCUGUUUUAACAUGGCUGUUAGGAGACUAGCUUGACUAUGGAAUAAACAGGAACAACUUUGCCUGUAAUUCAAAGUACAAAUUCAAAUUCAAGUACUGCAAUGCACUUUCUUGAUGAUUGUCACUAAGCAUGCUCAAAAUUGCAUUUCAGUCUGCAAUUAUCUUCAACAAAGUUGUUGUGUGUUUUUUGUUUUGUGGUAGCAUGACUGUAUAGCCUGCAUAGCAGCUAUCUAUUAGUAGAGGAGGGGUAGAGAUGUGUUUCCUCAGUGUUUGACCAAGGUCCAAAGGUGGACUGACAGUGUACAUUGUAUAAACAGGCAGUUGCUAACCCAGCAAACAUCCAAUGCCACUUAUAAAAGAAAUAAGUAGAAACCUUUCCGCUGAACUUCAAUAAUCAAAUUGACAAAAGCCUCAUCAGAUAACUUAAAGUGAUAAAGUAACAUGGUUUUUUUUAUCAACCAGAAGGCUGUAAAACAAAAUGAAUUAUAUUAUUACAACGUUACACUAUAGUGUGCGUUUAGAGAAUACUUAACAAAUUCUGCAUUGAUGCUAAUAUUUCUUCUACUUAGAAUGACAGUUUAAAUGCAACUUUGAUUUGUGUGAUUGCACAAUAAACUAUGUUGGUUGUAUAAUUUACAUUUUUCUUGCAAAUGUGACAUGGCUGGCAAUCAUGUUAGAACUUUUGACAACUAUCAUAUGCCAUGCAGUCAACAAGACGUUUCACUGUACUCAAAUAGAUAACAAUUUCAUAACAUGUAUUUGUGUGAGACCAUUUAAAAAUGCGCAGUUUUGUAGGUCUUGGAAAUGCACAUUGGCUUCAGACACAUUUGAUCAAUUUUGCCAAGGUUUUGAUAGACAAUAUUACAACAUACAUUGUUGUCACAUCUGAUAGGAUUUAUAGAGUGUAGCAUGAAGAAUUCAGUCUGUUCUUUUCUUAUCUGCAAGCUUAUCUAGGCAUUAUUUGCACAACCACUGAACCUGAUGAGUGCAUUUCCAAAUAAAGUAAAAGUAAACUUCAAUAAAACCUUUAAUAAGAUUUUUUUCAAUAUUAAGUCUACAUAUUAACAAAUCUUCAGUGACAGGGCUGUCAACCCCCAGCAAUUUUACAACGUUAGACUGAUAAAAUUAUGCUAUUUUGUUUAUAUUUUUAAAAUGCCAAAUCCCCACAAACGUGGGACAGACCACCAGUAUUGCACAGCUUAUCCACAAAUCAGGUCCCGUACAUUGUUAUAUAUUGUAAAUAUAUCACUAAAAAAACACGAGAGUUUUGAAAAUUUCUUGGAUUGCAACRGAGAGUUUACAGCCCUGCAACAAAGGCUCUGAACUAUAAAUAUUUUAUCAUCAAAACUGACAGUCAUCAUAUGCAAAUUAUAUGCUGCUUUAACUUAGCUUUGCAUGCAGACCACUGAUAAUAAUAUCAGGCUUGUGCACUAGGUUUCAUGAGUUUCUUGAUUCGGCAAAUAAGUCUCAUACAUAGCUGUCAACCCACCCGGAUUAGCUGGGAGUCUCCAGAUUUGAGCCUCGUCUCCCGGUCUCACGGAUAAAGGUUGAAAUCUCCCGGAUAAUCGUCAAACUUGUAAGAAUAUGGUCUUGUAUUAAUGUUUGACAUACCUAAAAUAUUACCGCUUAUGAAAAAGCUACUUUUUGAAUCAUGAGCUUACUUGUUACUUAUGAUUUUCUUUGUUCUGUUUGUUUAAUAAUAAAUGUAGCUUUGCUGUAGCAGCCCCUUUGUUGCGUUACGUCACGUAACCACAGGAAUCCCAAAAUCCAACAAUUUAAGUUAAUUAGGUUUUUACGAAUCUCCAGAUUUGAAAAGUUGGGGGGUUGACAGCUAUGCUCAUAUUUCUAAAGACUUUGUCUGCCAAGGAAGGGUGCCCUGGAACCACCCCCAGCACAUUCCCCUAAAAAGAUGGUCUGCAUUGCACACAAGCUACGUGAAUCAUACUUUUGUACAAUCUACUUGCUACAAUGUAAAUUUUGUAUAUAUAUUGAUGACAGUGCCAGACUGUAAUCUGAUAUCAUUAAUUGUCUAAUACAACAAUAAAUUUCUCUUCAUUUUCAAUGUU